UAUUAUGAUGUUUGACCCUGACCUUUCGACCUUUCGCCACAUUUUGAAAAUGUGUUAUUAAGCCAAAAAUGAUUCUUGGACCGCCCUGACCCAAUUUCUGAGGUCAAAUUCUCUGACCCUUAAAGUGCAUACAAAACCUGGUCUUACUCCUAGGGUAUUAACAUUUGCGAAAUUUAUAUUUACUUUUCAGGUUGAACAGUCAGAAGCAGAGAUAACCAAAGAAAAACCUGUAUCUCAGUACACGGGAUUAGCGACCAAUCAGCUUGUCCGACAUGAGAAAGUAUUAGAAAAUAUGGUUACCAAGAGUACUGGACCGAUGGAUGUAACUUGCAUAUGGGACUACGCCGGUCAGCUUGAUUAUUAUAUCACUCAUCGCUUCUUCCUUACAGAUGGGUCAUCGUACGGAGUAGUCUUUAGUUUGUUUGAUGAUUUGCAUAAAAUGGCAAAACCAAGAGAUUCCCAUAAAGUUAAUUUUUUUUUGCGAGUUUGGAGAGCAGCACCUUGGAGAAGGUCAAGGAGAUCGGAUGAAGAAGUAAAACACUUUGAGAUGACCAAUCUCCAAAUGAUCUUAUUUUUUAUAAGGUCAAUAUAUGAACACGCAGUACUGCUACAUGGCUCAAAGGAGACGUUGAUCAAUGGAGUGAUAGCAUCACCGCCGAUUAGUCUGAUUGGGACGCACAAGGACCUAUUAACAGGUACUGAUGCUGAGAAGCUGACAAAGAUUACAGACAUAUUCAAGACAAUAUUUAAGGAAAUAUAAGGAACUCCAUAUGAGAGGCAUGUUGACCGCCAUAUGUAUGCUGUAGAUAACACUGCAAAAUUUGAUGAUGGGAUUAAAAGUCUGAAAAAAAACGUAGGUAGCUACAUGAAUUCAAUGGCAAGAACUGUUCCCUUGAAUUGGGUUGAAUUCAAAAUUAAGCUACAAGACGUUGGGAAAACAGCACUGCGCAUGUCAAUUGAUAAGAUCAAGAAGAUUGCUGUGGAAUGUGAUGUUAACGAAGAAAACAUCAUCCAUGUCCUCAAUUACCUUAAUGAUCUUGGAACCAUUCUGUACUUGCCCACUAACAAGAAUUUGGAGAACACAGUGAUUACUAACAUCCGUAUGCUGAUUGGAAUCUUCAUGAAAAUCAUCACAGUUGUGAAACCUGAUGGUGUUG